GGAAGAGUCCGGAAUAUGUGCACGCUUGUGUCUGGGCUCGUACCGUAGCUGCGAGUUUCGAGUGAUGACCGGCGACACGAGGGAAGUCCUUCGAAUGGUUCGACCCCUUAGGUGCGAUGCCUGCUGCUGUUGUUGCUGUUUACAGGAUUUCUUGUACUUCGAUAAUACUGUUCACGAUUAAAAAUGCCAGCCAUGCGUAUCAGUUAUUUUUAAACUACAGCUACGAAGGCGUCGGACUGCACCAACGGGGAUACCUUGCAGUCGUUCAAAUUACACUUCAUGCUCAUUCUCAACAAAUAUAUAAAAAAUUUCCUACGUUAUUUUUAUAAACGUAUACACAUAUACGAAAACUAUUCGUAAAAAGUACUUCGGUAGAUCUGAUCUAUAAAAAUCGUCGAUUAUUAUGCGGUGCUUUUGCAUUGAAUUAUUGGUGUAAUUUUAGUCGAAGACCAUCUUCUUCCAAUUUGUGCGCAAGGUGUAUUUAAAUGCCAAGUUGUACGCGACAAUUUCUAUAUACAUAUAUUAUAUAUAUAUAUAUAUGCGUGUUAAGGAUUUUGAUCUCAGAUGCGUGUACUAAAUGUCCGAUAUAUUUGAACAAUUAAAACUGAACAAUUUUAAAGGUACUAUUUCUAUCGUCGUACCGAUAAUCCGUCGUUGCAAUCCUUCGAUAGCUUCCCGAAAAGUUCCUUUGACCGGCGGCGCCGUCCGUGGCAAAAUCGACAAACAAGUAUGACCGAGAAGUUACCGACAAGUUACAGUCUCACUUGUUCCGAAAGGAAUAUACUUGUGUCGUCAUCUAGCAGUCGUAAUGUGCAAACAUUUUCGCUUUGAGUGCAGGUGAUAACGAUUGGAAAUAUGUUUCUGUUGAUUUUGUGCUACGUGUAAAAACCGGGUUCCGAAUACGCCAACGUAAAGAAAAUGACGGCAACAAAUUAUUUGGACCUGGACAUUAAUAAAUUGUUCGAGGAUUUUACGAUCAAAGAAAUUGAAGGGAUCCAAAAGAAAAUUCAACAUGAGAGUGACAGAAAGAAAAUUGAGCUCAGAACUCUUGUUGGAGAGAGGUACCGUGACUUGAUACUCGCCGCUGACACAAUAGGGAAAAUGAAGAUAACUUCUGAACGUGUCAUUUCAAGAAUCGUUAGCAUCGAGGAUAAAUUUCGUGAAUUACAGAAAAAGUAUCUUAUCGGUUUUAAAAUAGAACCGAUUAAGGAUGAGAGCGAUAGAAAUUGCAAAGGAAUUCAGGAUUCUGUCGUUAUUCAGAUAAAAAUAUUAAUGGACGUUCCUCAGCAUAUCUGGUCAAAUAUCGAGUCCAAGAAUUUAUUGUUUGCCACACAGUUGUAUUUAAUAGCGCAGCAUAUAAAUUAUAGUUUAUUAUUUGAAGUGGGAAACAACGAUUUGUCAACUAAAUAUCCAAUCGUUUCCAAACAGUGGGACAUUAUUACUCAAUUUAAAAAUGUUAUAACUAGCGAAUGCAAUCACAUAUUGCAGUCGUUGGAUGUUCAGCCAGAGAGCGUCGCAAACUGUUUGGCCGCGCUUGUGUUAUUAAAUGGGACGUCGUUUACAGAUCUAUUAGACAUGCUGAUAUCUAUGCGCAGUCAAGCCAUCAAGUCUAUCAUCACCGAUGAAAACGACAGUAACGUUAAGAACAAGAUUAAACUGUGCAUCAACGUAUUAAUUCAAACAGUGAAUUUAAUACAUUCUUGUUUUAUCAGUUCAGAGAACAAACCGGGGGGUCUUGUUCUGCAAUACAUAGUAAAAAUUCAAGAUCAGGAAGCGUAUUUGUUACUUUCUCAGUUGGAUGUGAACCACGAAUUACUGACGGAGUUUCUUCCGUCUGUUACGAAACAGCACAAACCGUUCGUUCAGGAUAAUCCAGGGAAAUUUCUGUUGCCGGAUUUGCAAAAGAGUAUCAAGUCCUGGCUGGAGUGGGUUGCCAAGUUCUGUAACUGUGAGGUCAGAAAGCUGUUGAAUCUGAUCGUUUCCAUAAAAGGUUUAUAUUACGUUCGCGAGGAAGCGGUUAGCAUUAAUCUUCCUGAAAAUUGGAAUUCCAUUUGGGAAGAACUGUCUCUGCCUAGGAUAACAUUUUGGGUGGAAUAUUUUCAACCUAUCAUAACUGAAAAAACGAAAGAUAUUAUAAACGAUAAAUGGAUGGAAACCGUAGCUAAAUUAAAAGCGGAUGUGGUAGAGCUACUCCAUAAAUUGAGAAACGAUAAAUUCGAGUAUCCGGAACACGAUUUGCGAUGGUUCGUUUGGAAAGAUUCGCCCAGCGAUAUUCCUCAAAAGCUGACUAAAAACGGGGGCCUCGAUGGCAAGAGACCGUUGCUAAUGAAAACCAAAGGAUAUUCACCGAACAUUCUCAAGUUGUGUGAAAAUUUCGAUAGCAGCUUGCAAGCCUUGCUUCAGGAUCUCGAGCAAUAUUUGUACGAGACUGAGCGCGUGAUGUCCAUCAAAGACAAUCUGUUGUCUACAAAUAUAUCACUGGUUUCCGAUACGUUCUCCGAUCGCGCGGAAAUUCAGGAACAUCUGCAGACGAUCAGUUCUGCGAUGAUCGAAGAUUUGAUUAAUUUCGCGAAGAGCACGUGUGUCAAUGAAGAACCCGAGCACGGUCAGCGUGACAUAAAUGCUGUCGUAAUGGCAAGAUUUUUCUUGGCAUUGACGACUCUUAGCUCGAACUUGAAUAAAUGUUUCACGCUUUCAAAGGUGUCUGGAUUAAGUAUUAGCAACGCGAAGUGGCAGUCGAUGUGCGAUAAAUUAAAAGAGGACAGUACGUCCGUGUGGUCGGUUUGGGCCAGUGACUACAGAAGGAAAAUAAACGAGUACAGAAGCAAGUAUAUAUCGAAAGAACCGUUCGACGGUUAUCGGAUACAUACAGUAAUUUCAGAAUGGCAGAAGGUGACCAUCGAAGAAGACUCCGGGGAGGGUAAAAGGAUCAAAUCGGAAAUCUUGGUGCCGUACCAGCCGUCCAUACAAUUGCAGAAGUUCUUGACUGCAGUUAGUAAAGACUUGAAUAAAAUAAUACCACACACUGUUCCAAAGAAGGUACUUCACGAUAUAAUAGAGGAUAUUGCUGAAGAGUUGUUAAGUUACUAUGUAUCUGCAUGUGGUACUGCGAAUCUUUCGCAGAAACAAGCAUUCCAAGUGUUGUUCGACGUCAAGUAUUGCACGUUGUUAAUGGUGCCACGAGAAAAUAAGAGUUUGUCGGACUUGUCUGCGAAAGCUUGUGACACCGUGUUGUCGAAAAUAGAUCCGUUCGAUUACGAUGUCUUCGAUCCGUUUAUUCGCACUAACGUGAAGAGGAGCGUUCAGAGGUGUUUGCUUAUACUGGGAAAUUUAGUGCCCCAUUUGGAGCAGCUCCAUUCAAUUUUGGGUGCGCGCAACGAAUACAGCAACACCGACGGUGUCAAAUCAGACUUGCCUACAGUAUUAGCUCUAUGCCACGGUGCACCGUGGUUUCCAUCUUUGACCGUGACAGCCCCAGCAAGGAAUUUGCCUUUGGUGUCUGUAACGCUGCCAGAGAAAACUCAGCGAAAAAAGCUUUCCGGCAAGGAAAACGUGAAGAACGAUUCGACGGGAGCCACUAUAAAAUCCGGAGCAGCAGCAUUUUUCGGAGCAAUGGGUUCCGAUUGGUUUAGCAGUAGUUAAUUUAUUUAUUUGAUUAAAUUCUAAAGCGCUGUACAUAUUGUCAAUUGUACAUAUAUACUCUAGUUAUACAUUAUGUAAAUAUCGCAUCACGAACGAUUGCCUUUUCGACUACGUACCACCAUCGGCAAGUCGA